AUGCUGGGGGCCUGGCUGCUGCUCUGGGGGGGCCUGGCCCUGGGCUGCCGGGGCGAGACGGCCUUUCUCCGGCGUGCCGACGACAGCACCGGCCGCUGCACCUACUCCUUCACGGUGGCCAGCCCCGUCGAGGCCGCCUGCCCCGAUGCCGGCGGCGUGCCGGAGCUGCGGGCCGAGCUGGCCAACCUCGCUGCCCGCCUGAGCCGGCUGGAGAGCCGGGAACGGGGCACGGGGGGCUCGGGGCCACGGGGAGGCGAGGCGGGGGGGGCACGGGACCCCCAGGAAGCGGCCCCGGCUGCUCGCCUGGAGGCCACCUAUGGCGAGUUGCUGCGGGCCAAGGCCCGGCUGGAGGAGGAGAAGGGGCGGCUGGAGCGGGAGAAAGAGGAGCUGGAGAGGAGGCUGGAGAGCAGCGCCCGGGAGAUCACCCGGCUGCGGGCCGCCCGCUGCCCCCCCGGCAGAGAGGGGCCCGGCCGCGAGGUCCUGCGUGCCCCUGUCAAAGCCCCCCGCUGGGGCCCACAGCCCCUCGCUUACCAGGAGCUGCAGUCGGAGAGGACGGAGGUUCCCGCGUCCCGGCUACUGGAGGAGACCGCGCUCGGCCGCCCGGGGAGCGAGGACUCGGGCUGCGGUGAGCUGGUGUGGGUUGGGGAGCCUGUCGUCUUUGGCCGGGCAGAGUCCAUCGCCGGCAAGUACGGCGUGUGGAUGAAGGACCCCGAGCCCGUGCCCCCCUUCACACGGGAGACCACCUGGCGCGUGGAUGCGGUGGGCACGGAGGUCCGUCAGCUCUUCCAGUACGAGGCGGCUGAGCAGCUGGCCCGGGGCUACCCUGCCAAGGUGCACAUCCUGCCGCAGCCCCUGGAGAGCACGGGGGCCGUCGUCUACCGUGGCGGGCUCUUCUUCCAGCCCCGCCGCUCCCGUGCUGUGGCCCGCUACGACCUGCGGGGAGAGACCGUCACGGCCGAGAGGGAGAUCCCCGGCGCUGGCUACCACGGGCAGUACCCCUACUCCUGGGGGGGCUACACCGACAUCGACUUGGCGGUGGAUGAGACAGGGCUCUGGGUGAUCUACAGCACCGAGAAGGCCAGGGGGGCCAUCGUCCUCUCAAAGCUGGACCCCGAGACUCUGGAAAUCCAGCAGACCUGGGAGACCAACAUCCGCAAGCGAGGGGUGGCCAACUCCUUCGUCAUCUGUGGCACCCUCUACACCGUCAGCAGCUACUCGGCACCCAAUGCCACCAUCAACUUCGCCUACGACACGGCCACCAGCACCAGCCGGGCCCUCAGCAUCCCCUUCGAGAACCGCUUCCGCUACCUCAGCAUGGUGGACUAUAACCCUGCCGAGCGGCAGCUCUUCGCCUGGGACAGCUUCAACAUGGUCACCUACCCCGUCCACCUAUCCCGGCUCUGAGCUGAGGCCGGGGACGCGCCGGCUCAGCCCCCAUGACCCCCACGCGCACCUCAGCACCCUGCUUUGCAACCCAGCUCCCCCCGCUGUGGCCAGGAGUGCCGGCUCGGACAGCUCCAGGCGAUGGUGGGGGCCACACGCUGACCAGCCAUGCCACGAUGGGGCCACCAACGUCCCUGCUGGCACCUCUGGCAACACCCUGUCGUGCUUGAGUGCAGCGAAGGGAAAUUCUUUCUCCGGAGCCCGGUAGAGCAGGCAAAAUGCCUCUCCCUGGCCUCUGCGGGUUUUGGAUGGGCCACAGCAGCACCCAGCCCUGAGCUGCUCCAGCAUCCUCCAGGAGCUCCCAGCCACCCCAAAUUUGGAGCAGAGAGGGCUCAGGCGCAGUGAAGGCCAGGCAGGGCAGGCAGUGGAGGUGGGGAGAGGCUGCCGGGGAGGGUCCCACCUAAAAAUAAACGCUUUCCCUGGUUGCAAGCAGCGAUCACCUUCGCAGGGCUGGGAUUCAUGUUUCCAGGCUCCAGCUGAGCACGAGCACCACUACUGCCCCCCAGAUCCCCCUUGGCAGCAGCAGUUUUGGGGACGCCUCCCCGGCUCGGGCCGGCCCCGCUGAGAAGAGCAGUGUUCGUGCACCACCAGCAGCCCUGCAGAGCCGAGCUCCGCUGCUGAGAGCCCACAAACCCCAGUGCAUCCCGCACUGCCGGUGCCCAGGGGCAUUCCUGAGCUCAGCCGCCUCCAAAAAUCAUCCAGCAGGAUCAAAAGCAGCAGGGAAUGCGGACACUCAUUGCACAAGCCUGCUUUUAUUGGGGAAAAAAAAAAAAAGCAAGAGCAGUGGUGAGGAGUGCUGGCAGAGCAUCCCGCAGCUGAGCGUCCUCUUGGCACGCCCAGCGCCUCUCAGCCAUGUGCUUCAGCUUCACAGCCAUGCCUGGCCACCAACAUGCUGUGGCCGCCAUGGCCCCGCCCGGCCAGCAGCGCUCCCCAUGCCGGGCCAGAACACGCUGUUUUAACUAUUUAUUGUAGAAAGUUUGUAGGAGGCUUUUUCUUACCCUGCUCCCUGGCAUUCGGGGCAGCAGCAGCCACAUCCCCCCCAGGGAUGCACAGGGUCCCGGCCCAAUAAACGUUGCCCACCACCGCUGCCUUGCACCUCGUCUUUCCGAGCCUGGGUUUUCCUGGGGGUUUGGUGAGCUGGAGCCUGGAGAGGGUGUAAAGCGCUGGUGCCCCCCUCGAUGCACUGACAGGCUGAAGGCGCUGUGGGGUGCAGCUGUAAUGCUUUGGCCAGGAAAAUGGCACAUGUGGGAGGCAGCUGCUGGCAGGGCCGACCCCAGGAGCACCUUUAUUUAGCGUGAAGAGGGGCUGUGACAUGCCCACAACAUUGAAUCAGAAUAAAAGUCAAAAGCUUCAGU